AUAAUCACGUUCUUUGAGCGACUGGCUGGUUUUCGGCGUCUUUCGUGGCAAGCCCUGCGAAACAACACAGAGUGCAGCAAAACUAAGUUCACCUACGAACAAAAAACAGUUCUAUAAAGACAAACUUGGCCUACUACAUGUUAUUUUGAGUAUUAUAUUGAAGUGGUAUUUUAGAUAAAUCAGUUGUCAGUCAUUAAUUGGGAAAUUAACAGGGACAAAAGAAGUAAGGUUAUACGUAUGAUAUCAUGACACCGUCUGAUUAUUUAUUCACCGUACGAUUUGUUGUUGUCUGGUUUGUGGGAAGUUACAUUUUCCUUGCUCAUGGUUUUCCAAACAGAGGUAUGGUUGGUAUAAAAGCCGUUGGGAGAGAACUUAGUCGCAUCCAUGAAGAUAUAGGGUCGUCACGACAGGAUUCAGUGAAGGACACAUUGCCGAGCUUGGCCAAUGCAGAUAAAAUCGAAACGAUGUACAAAGUCAUUUCCAAGUCAAUGUCGAAUGGAUAUAAAGUAAAAACAACCAAAAAUUGUGAUGACGAAGAAGACUGUGGUAGUGCAGUUGUUGAUUUUGUUGAAGAUGAAAACACCAGAAGGCCAUUUCCUGUAAAAGACAAGGAUUCAGUCAAGGACACGUUUGCAGUUAGAGUCUUGCCGAACUCAGCCAAUGCAGAUAACCGCGAAACAUUGUACGAAAUCGUUUCCAAGUCAAUGUCGAAUGGGCAUAAAGUAAAAACAACCAAAAAUUGUGAUGACGAAGAAGACUGUGGUAGUGCAGUUGUUGAUUUUGUUGAAGAUGAAAACAGCAGAAGGCCAUUUCCUGUAAAAGACAAGGAUUCAGUCAAGGACACGUUUGCAGUUAGAGUCUUGCCGAACUCAGCCAAUGCAGAUAACCGCGAAACAUUGUACGAAAUCGUUUCCAAGUCAAUGUCGAAUGGGCAUAAAGAUUCAGUCAAGGACACGUUUGCAGUUAAAGUCUUUCCGAACUCAGCCAAUGCAGAUAACCGCGAAACAUUGUACGAAAUCGUUUCCAAGUCAAUGUCGAAUGGGCAUAAAGUAAAAACAACCAAAAAUUGUGAUGACGAAGAAGACUGUGGUAGUGCAGUUGUUGAUUUUGUUGAAGAUGAAAACACCAGAAGGCCAUUUCCUGUAAAAGACAAGGAUUCAGUCAAGGACACGUUUGCAGUUAGAGUCUUGCCGAACUCAGCCAAUGCAGAUAACCGCGAAACAUUGUACGAAAUCGUUUCCAAGUCAAUGUCGAAUGGGCAUAAAGAUUCAGUCAAGGACACGUUUGCAGUUAGAGUCUUGCCGAACUCAGCCAGUGCAGAUAACAGCGAAAAAUUGUACGAAAUCCUUUCCAAAUCAAUGUCGAAUGGGCAUAAAGUAGAAACAACGAAAAAUUGUGAUGACGAAGAGGACUGUGGUAGUGCAGUUGUUGAUUUUGUUGAAGAUGAAAACAGCAGAAGGCCAUUUCCUGUAAAAGACAAGGAUUCAGUCAAGGACACGUUUGCAGUUAGAGUCUUGCCGAACUCAGCCAAUGCAGAUAACCGCGAAACAUUGUACGAAAUCGUUUCCAAGUCAAUGUCGAAUGGGCAUAAAGUAAAAACAACCAAAAAUUGUGAUGACGAAGAAGACUGUGGUAGUGCAGUUGUUGAUUUUGUUGAAGAUGAAAACAGAAGAAGGCCAUUUCCUGUAAAAGACAAGGAUUCAGUCAAGGACACGUUUGCAGUUAGAGUCUUGCCGAACUCAGCCAAUGCAGAUAACCGCGAAACAUUGUACGAAAUCGUUUCCAAGUCAAUGUCGAAUGGGCAUAAAGAUUCAGUCAAGGACACGUUUGCAGUUAGAGUCUUGCCGAACUCAGCCAGUGCAGAUAACAGCGAAAAAUUGUACGAAAUCCUUUCCAAAUCAAUGUCGAAUGGGCAUAAAGUAAAAACAACCAAAAAUUGUGAUGACGAAGAAGACUGUGGUAGUGCAGUUGUUGAUUUUGUUGAAGAUGAAAACACCAGAAGGCCAUUUCCUGUAAAAGACAAGGAUUCAGUCAAGGACACGUUUGCAGUUAGAGUCUUGCCGAACUCAGCCAAUGCAGAUAACCGCGAAACAUUGUACGAAAUCGUUUCCAAGUCAAUGUCGAAUGGGCAUAAAGUAAAAACAACCAAAAAUUGUGAUGACGAAGAAGACUGUGGUAGUGCAGUUAUUGAUUUUGUUGAAGAUGAAAACACCAGAAGGCCAUUUCCUGUAAAAGACAAGGAUUCAGUCAAGGACACGUUUGCAGUUAGAGUCUUGCCGAACUCAGCCAAUGCAGAUAACCGCGAAACAUUGUACGAAAUCGUUUCCAAGUCAAUGUCGAAUGGGCAUAAAGUAGAAACAACAAAAAAUUGUGAUGACGAAGAGGACUGUGGUAGUGCAGUUGUUGAUUUUGUUGAAGAUGAAAACAGCAGAAGGCCAUUUCCUGUAAAAGACAAGGAUUCAGUCAAGGACACGUUUGCAGUUAGAGUCUUGCCGAACUCAGCCAAUGCAGAUAACCGCGAAACAUUGUACGAAAUCGUUUCCAAGUCAAUGUCGAAUGGGCAUAAAGUAAAAACAACCAAAAAUUGUGAUGACGAAGAAGACUGUGGUAGUGCAGUUGUUGAUUUUGUUGAAGAUGAAAACAGCAGAAGGCCAUUUCCUGUAAAAGACAAGGAUUCAGUCAAGGACACGUUUGCAGUUAAAGUCUUUCCGAACUCAGCCAAUGCAGAUAACCGCGAAACAUUGUACGAAAUCGUUUCCAAGUCAAUGUCGAAUGGGCAUAAAGUAAAAACAACCAAAAAUUGUGAUGACGAAGAAGACUGUGGUAGUGCAGUUAUUGAUUUUGUUGAAGAUGAAAACACCAGAAGGCCAUUUCCUGUAAAAGACAAGGAUUCAGUCAAGGACACGUUUGCAGUUAGAGUCUUGCCGAACUCAGCCAAUGCAGAUAACCGCGAAACAUUGUACGAAAUCGUUUCCAAGUCAAUGUCGAAUGGGCAUAAAGUAAAAACAACCAAAAAUUGUGAUGACGAAGAAGACUGUGGUAGUGCAGUUAUUGAUUUUGUUGAAGAUGAAAACAGCAGAAGGCCAUUUCCUGUAAAAGACAAGGAUUCAGUCAAGGACACGUUUGCAGUUAGAGUCUUGCCGAACUCAGCCAAUGCAGAUAACCGCGAAACAUUGUACGAAAUCGUUUCCAAGUCAAUGUCGAAUGGGCAUAAAGAUUCAGUCAAGGACACGUUUGCAGUUAGAGUCUUGCCGAACUCAGCCAAUGCAGAUAACCGCGAAACAUUGUACGAAAUCGUUUCCAAGUCAAUGUCGAAUGGGCAUAAAGUAGAAACAACCAAACAUUGUGAUGACGAAGAAGACUGUGGUAGUGCAGUUGUUGAUUUUGUUGAAGAUGAAAACACCAGAAGAAUUGUAUAAAUAUCUUUAAGCAUGCAGUUUAGUUUAACAUAAUGUCUUACUCUAAAUACAGUUUUUUGACUUGACGUCUCGACUGGACACUUGGUCUUGUUUUCCUGUCUUGUUGGUCACCCUUGUUCUUGCUUGUUAUAAUGUAUAUAGUGCCUGCUCAACAGACUCAGGCUAAACUGUUGCAAUAACAUCAUCGCUUUAAUUCAUAAUCUUCGUAUAAUCAAUAAAGGUAACCUGAAAAUAUAAAUUAAAUGCAUAAGAGGAUCUGGCAUUUACAAUUUUCCAAUUUAAGAUGCAUGUGCGCAAGCAUCUGUUAAUAGACCAUGGUAAAUGAUAACCAAUUUAUGAAUUAAGAUUUAUUUUUGUAACAGAAUUUAGGAUGUAUUGCCAGGUAUACACAGGUAUAAUUAAAUGAAUUAUAACUUAUCUUGAAAUUUGAAAAGUUGGGGUCUGGGUACAUCUCAUAUAGUGUCUUUAAAAUGGAAAAAUUUUAUUUAAUUAUGUAGCUAGUAGUCAAGUCAAUUAAAAGGGUAAGCUAGUUCUCAACUCUAUUAAAAAGUAUAAACUACUCUGGAACAUUCAGUCAAAUCAACUAUCCAAUGUGUACAGCAUUUAGAAAGCAAAUACAGUAGAGUGAGGACAAAAAUUGGUCCUUUGGAAUGUUACUGACCCCCAAAAGGAAUACAAAAUAUUAAACAUAUCAUCAAGAUUAUACCUAGCGAAUUAUAUGCUUUCUUUAUGCGAAGCAUAAACAAUAGCAUAAACAGC